AGUGCGCCCCGACCGCUCAGUCCCGCCCGAAGCGGCCGUGUCUCGCUACGCGCGUGAGGGAAAUCGGAUUGACUCCGGCUCCGGCAGAGGAGAAGGAGGAGGACGACGGCGAGGGCACGGAGCGAGCGAGCGAGCGAGCGGGACCCCCUUCCCUCACACACGCGCGGGCGAAGAUGGCGGAGGGCACCGGAGCCGCGCCGCCGCCCCCGCCGCCGUCGUCCCUGAAGGGGCUGCGGGAGCAGAUGGUUGCUGCUGCCCAAGCAUUAGCGGAAGAAAGAAGAAACCAAAGUGGUGUUAGUCCUGUUCCAGUCCAAUCUCCAAUAAGUGUAAAAUCCUCAACUAAGCCAGUGAUAGAUGGCUCUAUCAUGAAAUCAGAAGAGAGGCAAAGACUAGCAAGGGAACGUAGAGAAGAGCGAGAGAAGCAACAUGCUGCCAAAGAAACACAAAUACUGGAAAAGGAAAAAAAGGCAAAGCUCCAAUAUGAAAAACAAAUGGAAGAGAAGCAGAGGAAGCUGAGGGAACAGAAGCUGAAAGAGCAGCAAAGAAGAGCAGCCGUAGAGGAAAAGAGAAAGCAGAAGAUUGAGGAAGAGAAGGAGCGUUAUGAAGCAGUAGUGCAUCGCACCUUGGAGCGGAGCCAGCGGCUGGAAACCAGGCAGAAGAGGUGGUCAUGGGGUGGCUCUGUAACGGAUUCUGAUGGAAAGUCAGAGCCACCAACCACAGCUGAAGCUAGCAAGCGUUCUCCAUCUGCAGCAAACCUCAAACAAGCUGAAACGGUCAUCAGUAAGCGCCUUUCGUCUUCAGCAGCACUUCUUAAUUCUCCCAGCAAGGGCUCAGCUAAAAGAAGUGCUUCAUUAAACAGACUGAGUAACAAAGUUCCUCUGAAUUCUGAGCAGCCGGUGGCCAAAGGUUUACAGGUGGAGCAGAAAGGAGAAACAGAAAAGAAGAGGAGCUCAUCCUUGAAUAGAAUGAGCAGUAAACCCCAGUCUUCUCCUGAAUUAGAAAGUGUGCACAAUGAAGAAAAAACAGCUCGUCGCUCCCAGUUCAACCCGUUGGACAGUAACGUGAUCAGUCGCCUGCUGGCCCCCACCCAGGCCUCCCUAGCUAGGAGUAAAAGUGCUGCCACACUGUCGGCUGAUGGCAAAGAUCCCUCAGAAUCUCCCCUCUGUCCUCGUUCAGCUUCCAGCAGUUCCAUCAGUUCCCCAGUCCAUGCUCCCAAAGUGCCCAUGCGCAGUCGCAGCAUCGACAGAUUGAAGCCGGCUACCUCUUCAUCAGAAAAUGUUUCUCUGGAAUCUGCACAGAAAUCCGAGAACGCAAAGCAGUCCCCUUCUUGUGCAGGGCGACGUGCUCCUUCCCCAUCAUUGUCGGCUCCCAGGCGCUCACCCUCUCCCGCCCACGUGGGAAAACGCCCUCCAUCUCCAGCAGCAAUAAGACAAAAGCCUCGCCAAACUUCACCAAAUGUCUUAAGGCAACGGCCACCAUCUCCUAUUACAGUUUCUAAACCAGCACCAAUACAGCGCCCAUCGCUCACCCCGAAUGUCCUUAACGUUACCAAAAAGAAAACAGAGAUGGAGUGCCGACCAAAGGAGAAGGCUGGUGACCCAGCAAGGCCGGAGCCUGGGGCUGCAUCGGAGAGAGAAACUGCAGCAGCCUCUGCAAAGACCAAAGAAGAUGCUAGUAGCAAGACUGUUCCGGGGACCACAACAGCUGAAGAAGCAGCAAAAAUCUUGGCAGAGAAACGGCGUCUUGCAAGAGAGCAGCGAGAACGUGAAGGCCAAGAAAGAGUUCAAAGAGAAGAAGAGGAAAGAAUCAGAAAAGAAGAAAUGGCCAAGAGAGCUCUUGAGGAGCAGGCUCAGAUGAAAGCAGCGCUCCAAGAACUGGAAGAAGAAAGGAGAGCGGAAGAGGAAGAACAGCAAAAACUGGCAGCGAAGGAACGAGUUCGGAAGGAGCAGGAGGAACAAGAGAAACUGGCUGAGCUUCAGUUACAGCGAGAGGAGGCUGAAAUGAAAGCUCUAGAAGAGGCUGAGAGGCAGCGGCAGGAGCGAGAGCGGAUUAUGCAGCAGAACAUGCAAGAACGGAUGGAAAGGAAAAAGAGAAUUGAAGAAAUAAUGAAGAGGACCCGGAAGGCAGAGCAGAAUGAAGCCAAGAAUGAAGACAAGUCAAAUGACGAGGAUGAAGGUGCUGAAGAAGAUGAGGAGCUGGGUCUCGAAAAGCAAGAUCAACCUGAAAAGGCAAAGUAUGAUGACUGCUCCUUAGAAGAUGGUCCAAAGAUGGUUUGCAAUUUUGACUUAUUAGAAGAUGAGUCAAAAAUGGAGGCAGAUGAUGUCUUUGUGAAUGGCAAUGAGCAAGAGGAGGCUGAUCAGAGCAACAACAGUUUUGCUCAGACAAUAGAAGACAGCCCUCCAGCAAAAGAAACAUUUAUGGGGAACUCUGAAAUCUUGCAUGUUAAUGAAGCCAAUCACCCCAUUGGAUUUAUCUCUAACCUGAAUGGAAAAUCUUCAGCAUGGAAUUUUGAAGAGAUCAUUGACCUUGGCUUGCACCCCAAGUCAAGCAAGCGAAGUUCAGAUAGCCUUGCUGCUGAUCUAUCAGCCCAAAACUUUAACGAUGCUGCUGCAGUGCCCUCAAGUCCCAAGCUGGCAUUUGAGGAGGAAAGUGCCAUGAAUUCCUUGACCAAACCAAUAGAGGCUGCUUCAGGUAAUGCACUUUGACGGCUGUCUCUCACGUCAAGUGGAAGCAAAAUUAACAGCAUUUCUGUGUCCAGCAAACCAAAUACUCUCAGCUUAAACUUGGCAGAGCUGCAUUGAAUUCUGUUUUCCAGAACAAGGUUCACAGAAAAAUGAAAGUCUUGGGGAAAUGAAGGGUGGCCUGAGAUAGGAGGGAAAUUGGGGGCAGGGGAAUUAUUGGUGGGUUGUCACACCACCACCCCUCCCCGCAUCUUGCUGCAACCCAGAAACAGUGCAUGUCUCCCACCCCCCUUUCCACAUACUGUUCAGUGAAUUAACCUUUUCAUUAGCGGGAACUGUAAGAUUUGAGCGCAGUGGCCUUCUUGGUGGAGAGUGACUCAGCUCACUCUUAGGGUAGACUUGCUCCCUCAGCAAUCUUAUGAUUACGUAUGUGUGAGAGAGUCCUACAUAGGACUGUGUUGCACACCCGUGUUUCUCUGUGGGGAGCGUGCAUGCCCAGUUCACCGAAUGGAAUGAAAUAGACUUGUGUGCACUACUAGUUCCAUGUAGAUUUUCCUGCACAGAAGCCUUUCCCCAGUGUGGCACUCACACCCCAACGCUCCUGCCAAACUGGUGCUGAGCCCUCAAACUAAAUCCAUGCAUCCAGCCCUUAGUGUGGAGGGGACUAAGAAGUUCUCUCUCACUUCUGAGCAGAACUGUGAACGCUAGAAGCCCAGAACACUCCUGACGGUGCUCUAGGAAUGCAGGGUUUCAUCAAGUAAUGAAGGCCUUGUUUUGAAAACAAAACAAACAGUAAAAAGCUGCUUGUGAACCUUUUGUCCACUUCCAAGUUUUGUGCAAAAAACAAAAGCACCUACCCUGCCUGAUUCAGCACCUUGAAAUCUUUUCAGGGAGACGCUAUUUCUUUCUCAGAUUUUGUUACUGGAUCUCUAACAAGGUUUCCUUUUUAAAAUAAUGCCUGUUCUCCUUUUGAUGAACUGUUCACUAAAUUUGCCUGUGGGUCUUUAAUCUUGCUGUUAGUGUGAUAAUACUGAGGCUUGUACUACAGACUUAAUCAACUAUUCCUACACACUUUGGAGCACAAUAAGCAAAAUAAAAUGUGAUAAUCUAAUGCUCAUUAAAACCAAACCCAUCUUUGUCAUGUGUUACUAGCAUUAGCCUCAUUCAUAUGCUCGUCACAACAGAGAGAUGAACUUAAAUAAUGGAAAAUGCAGCCCACCUCUUCAGGCUUCAUUUUUUUUGUCCAGUUGUUCCUAACUUAAAAAAAAAAAAUACUGAGAUUAAGCGAGACUCCUACCAGCACUUAAAAACAAGCACUCACUCCAGACAAGUGGAGAGUUAAACACGGUGACCCACGAUGCCAGACUGCUCCAUCUUAAUGCUGCCCUUAAAUGCAGCAGGGUGCAGGGGGGUGGCCAUUGGGACUGGCGGUGCUGAAGCUCGCCCCCUCAGCAUUGCGGUGUGGAUGUGUGUGUGUUAUAGGGAGUAUGGCCACUGUGAUAAUCCCCCCCAACAACUCCUGUGCACACAGGUGUAGUGUGGUGUGAAGGCACGAGGUAAGAUCCGGUUAAGAGUAAAUGUUCAAAGGUUCUGGAAUGAAGGCCAGCAUGGCUGAGCAGCUCCCAAGGUCACAUGCUUUAGAGGGAGACCAACUGAGUGCAUCACCCCUCUUCAUCUUAGCCCCUUUUAUGUCAUCUCAGCCUCUCGAUGGAUGGCCUUAGACAACGUCUUGAUAAAGCUUAGAGAAAAUAGAAACCAGUUGCAUCCAGUCCACCACACCGGGCUGCCAUGUAGCUUCCGUUCUGUUUUACGGGUCUCAUGUGUACUCCAGAUGAAGCUAGUGGCAGCCACAGGGACAGCCCCUGGCAGAUUGUUUCCCUUGCGCCGUUGUCCUUAGUUGUGUGUUUCAGAUGGUUUUCUAAAAAGACAUUACCUGUAUUUAAGUUGCUCUUCAUAUAUGUAAGUAUUAUUUUUGUGUACAUAAAACCAGUAUUAGACCCA